AUGUCGCCAGAUACUGCAUCGUCGCUAUUUCCAGACCGACCGAUUCGGCCAUUACCGAAACGUCGACUUCGAGAGAAACUCUCAUCCGAGAUCGCAGAUACGAUCAAAUACCCCCCUUCGACGCACGAAGCAACCCCGCUCUUCUACUAUCCCCCAUAUACCCUUAAAGACGAAGGAAGCCCGCCAAGGAUAUGCUCUACGAGUCCGACGCAACAAGGUCCGAGAACUGAAACAGGGCGCAACUACACCCCUCGACAAAACGGCCUGGGACUACUCGAUGGUGAUGAUGAGGAGGCGAUCUUGCGAAGUACCUUAGUCACUCGAUCACCUCCCAAGAUCCUAACUCGUGCUGCUCAACGACAUUCAAAGCCAGACCAAGCUCAGUCGAAUGCGCAGCCACCUCUUUCCGCGACAUCCUCAAUGGAUGGCUACGAUCUGUUCGAGAAUACAAAUAACAAAAAGAAGCGCAAGAUCCCUUCUGCGGGAGAUGCUAUGCUUAACGGCACCCAAAGCUUGAACAAUGAGAUAGGAUCUCUUGCUAUUUCCGCUGGGACAGGGCAUUCCCCUACCAAUGAGAUGCACAACGAUAGAGCAAGUCCGAUAUCAAGCACGCAUCCAAAUACCAGCACCUUCAUAGCCAAUAACCACGGGAUAUCUGGGCCUGGUCGAGGCAGGCUUGGCCGCUCGAGAAAUGCUAGAAGCCCACUUCGAGCAUUGUCUGAUUGCAAUAAUCCAUGGUUUGGACGGAGCUCUAAGACUUCGCAGCCUCAAUGGGCAUCGGACGAACAAGAAGGCGGUAUCAUCUCGAACGCCAUUGCAAACGCCGAAAAACUGCGCCCCCUGGGCCAAGAGAACGUGAGCCUACUCCAGCAACACUCCGCUGCAACAAAAGGCGCACCAGCUUCGACCCAGUUCACUUUCACCUGUGACUCUCAAGUCCCCGGCAAUAAUAUUCAAUGGCCCGGUCACGCAAGUAAGCACAAUAUGCCGGCCCAGGCUGGUCCUGGCUACUUGCCGCACGGCAGUGUUGUUCAUCAUGAUGGCUCAUCCAUUGCAGCCAGCAGAGGCUCCGGAAGCUCUCGCCAGGAUAGUAAGCGCCGCCUAGAGCGAUCCCUUGAAAGAGCUGCGCGACGCCGUCGACAGGCUGCAACAGAAGCUCGGCGAGCCAAUCCCGAGAGUACGGAACAUGGUUGGAUUUGUGAAUUCUGCGAAUACGAAAGCAUUUUUGGUGAACCGCCGAGAGCAUUGAUUCGAACAUAUGAGAUCAAAGAUCGCAAACGUCGACAAGAGGAAGCUGACCGCAAGCGACUUCUCGAAAAGGCCAAGGCUAAGAGUAGAAAGGGAAGAAAGGGAGGCAAGGCUUCUUCUAGAGACCAUGCUGCUACUCAACCGCCACCUCAAGAUCAAGGCGACCAUAUGGACGGGAACCACCAUCAUCCGGCUCAAUCAGAGGGCGAUGAAGAAGAAUAUCCAAAUCUAUCAGGAGAGCGGACGGGGCCAGACAUAAGAAGUGAAGGACCGCCAUCCUAG